GUAUAUAUACGCACCGGCGACGACAAUACAGUUCUACGUUGGAAAAUCGCACGAAACCGGUCGACCCGGCUACUUACGUUCUCUCGUCGUCGUUGCGUUCCUCGAAUCGUCAAGUCACCGUUUUCUGCGAGGAAGUUAAUCGAGCAGUAAAGAAGCAGACACCAUGCCAGUUCCUCAGCUCCAGAAGAAGGCUCCAGCUUUCGCCGGCACUGCUGUCGUUAACGGACAAUUUAAGGAAAUAAAACUUUCGGACUUCGCUGGCAAAUAUGUCGUGUUGUUCUUCUACCCGUUGGAUUUCACUUUUGUCUGCCCGACCGAGAUCAUCGCUUUCUCUGAUCGCGCUAAGGAAUUUAAGGACAUCGGCUGUCACGUGAUCGCCGCGUCCACCGAUUCCCACUUCAGCCACCUCGCGUGGGUGAACACUCCUCGCAAGCAGGGUGGACUUGGCGAGAUGAACAUUCCCCUGCUGGCGGACAAAAGCGCCAAAAUUGCCCGCGAUUACGGAGUGCUCGACGAGGAGACCGGCAUUCCGUUCCGCGGCCUUUUCAUCAUCGACGACAAGCAGAAUCUACGUCAGGUCACCAUCAACGAUCUGCCUGUGGGAAGAUCCGUGGACGAAACGCUGCGCUUGGUUCAGGCAUUCCAGUACACCGACAAACACGGCGAAGUUUGCCCGGCCGGUUGGAAACCGGGCAAGAAGACCAUGAAACCCGACGUCGAGGGUUCGAAGGAAUACUUCAAGGAUCAAUAAGAUAAAAUCGUAAAAACAUAUCCUUGUAUGUGUCCUAUUAAAAGAUAUUUACUGUGUGUUUUUGUACUCUUUUCGAUGCAGAAUCUUCCACUUCGAUACAUAUGCUUUUCUUAGACAAGUAUACGUAUUUGCAACGUACUGAAAUAUGUUUGUCCUAAGUUUAAUAAACAAAUUUAUUUU